GGCGUGCACGUGGGACCUGCGGCGAGAGGCCUGGGCGCCGGGGAGCGAGCGCGUCCUGGGAGAGAGUAUGGCGUCGCUCAAUUGCAGCACUGCUGUCUGCGUUAUCUGUUUGGAGAAACCCAAAUACCGCUGCCCCGCCUGCCGUGUGCCCUACUGCUCGUUGACCUGCUUCCGGGAGCACAAAGAGCAGUGCAACCCUGAAACUCGUCCUGUCGAGAAAGAAAUAAUAUCGCAUCUUACUGCAAAAACUAAAAAGCCCGUGGAAAACACAGAUGAUGACGAUGACUCUGUAGCUGAUUUUCUCAAUAGUGAUGAGGAGGAGGACCGAGUUUCUUUGCAGAAUUUAAAGAAUUUAGGGGAGUCUGCAGCGCUGAGAAGCUUACUGCUCAGUCCACACCUUAGACAGUUGAUGGUCAGCCUCGAUCAGGCAGACGACAAGGCAAAGCUCAUGCGAGCCUGCAUGCAGGAGCCUUUGUUUUUGGAGUUUGCUGACUGCUGUUUAAGGAUCGUGGAACCGUCCCCGAACGAGGAUUCUUAAGGUGGAUUAUUUUGCUGCC